GCAGUCGGUGCAGUCACACGCUCUUAUCGCUCCACACGGCGAGAGAUAGGACCGUCAUUUCCUCGACGCACUUAACACACACACGCGCAUUCACCGCCACCACAAUUUUAUUUAUUUUUUAACAAUCACACACACACCGGGAAGAAAUAAGAGGGGUUUUUUCUUAUUAUUAUUCAAUUUUUCGUGCGGGAGUUCAACACAGCACACAAGAUAUUGAAUUGUCUUGUUCGAUAUUUUUUAAAUGUCGUCCCACACUCCCCCCGAAGACGGUGAUGAAGAUCCCCAAGUGAUUUGAAAUCCCCAAAGUGCUGCUGCUCUUCUUCUUCUAUUUUAAAUUUCCCCCCCAUUUUGCCAAUCGAAGAAGAGAAACGAAAUUGACGUUUGGAAAAGAAAAAGGUUUUAAACGAGUUUUUAGUAGAAGAAGAAGAUAAGGAAAAGAAGACAAAAAAGAAAGAGGACGAAAUGUCUUUGGAAAUGUACUCUCAGUUCGGCUCCAGUGAUCUGAUGGGCAACGCGGACGCUCAUGGAUAUUACGCGCCGGCCGCCUACGUCGUUCACGACGUUUACCACCACUCGACGGGUUUUACGGCCGAGGAAGGCGUCCGCAUCAGUAGCAGCAGCAACAAUACCAGCGCUACCAACCACGGAAACAAUCAUGGCGGCAGCAACAACAACAACAACAACAACAGCUCGGCUUCUUACGACGACACGAAUUGCCAGAGUCCCGUCUCGGCUCAGUCGUGGGCCAGUCUGAGGUCACCCAGUUCAUCUCCGCGGCUGCUGACGGAAUUGACGCGGACCGGCAACGACCCGCUGCCGCAUUCGCAUCAGCAGCACAGCAGACUGGCCACUCCGGGACCUUCCAGCAGCACCCCCAUCGGAUCCGUCGAUUAUUGCCUACUGGGCAUGGAUGGCGGCGGUGGUCCGGCGUCGGUGGUGGCGUCCGACGACAAGUACAGCGCGUCCGUCGCCACCGAUCAGGAAGAAUCGAACACCGGCGAGUUCGGCGGACCUUCGUCCUUGUGGACGGACGACGGCGAGUCGGAAGCGACGAUGGAAUCCAAUUCGGCAGCGCUGGAAUCUUGCGCCAGCCCAUCGGCCGAAACCAAAUCGUCGUCGUCCGCCCAGCAGAAACGGCAGCGCAAGACGCGGACGCCGCGGACGCCGAAAAACAACAGCGGCGGAAGCAACAGCAGCAGCGGAAGUCGACGUCGCUCGACCAAAGUGCCGACCGUCGAGGUGGUCAAGAAGCGCCGGUUGGCCGCCAACGCCAGAGAACGGCGGCGCAUGAACAGCCUCAACGACGCCUUCGAGAGACUCCGAGAGGUCGUGCCCGCGCUGGGCAGCGACCGCAAACUCUCCAAGUUCGAAACGCUUCAAAUGGCACAGACUUACAUCGGCGCCUUGGCCGAACUUCUCACGAGGCACUGAUGAUCCGCCGUCCGUCUCCAUAAGGCCUACUACAUCCCAAUAGGCCUACAAUGUAACGCAAACUUUGCAGCAAUAUUCAUUCAUAGUUAUUAUGUAACCACAAAAAU